AUGGAAGAGCGACCUACGUCGAAGAUUUUUGUCACUGCUGUUUUGGCGCUCUGUCUCGUUGGCUUGCAUGUAUCUGAUGUAUCGUUGCGAGAACAACAAGCGGAAAAGACAUUGGAUCACAAUAGCCGUAAUCGACAGAAUCGAAAGCUUUUACAGUACAACACGAGCAUGUAUUCAAAUCAGCGGGCGUCGUCGAAACCGAGACAUGAACUACAACAUGCCCUAACUGAGGUACGUAACAAGAAGUAGCUGUUACUUAACACUUCCUGUUUUUUUCAUUUUACUUUGUAUGCACCAAGGAGGGUCUUCCACUCGCUAAAACUGAAACAGUAGGAACCUUAAAUGGACGAAAUUGUGUCAGAUUGAAGGAUUUAUUAUCUAUUUUUGUACAUAUUAUCUUACAUUUGAAAGUAGCUUUGUAAUUCAGCCUCAGUCAUAUGUACGUUGUUUUGCUGCGAUGAGUUUCUUUCAAUGCACUUGCUCAUUUUUUCCUGAAUUCCACUCAUGGGUUCAGUUCAGUCUGGCAGGAGAAACAAUAUUUGAAGGGGACAUGAGGAGAGGUAGGGAGGAAGUAUUCACUUAUGCAGCGUUUUUUGUGUCGUCGUAUUGCGUGAAAAUCGCCACAAAAAUGGCUGCGUAGGAGGAGGGAGGAAGAGUUACGUAAUGCACAUGAUGAUUGAGUGAACUGCAUAUUAUCAAAUAAUGUGGUCGGUCAGACCCCUUGGAAGUUUGUGGAUGCGGCCGUUUUUGUUUCAAUUUUCACGCAACGUGAAGACAAAAAAAAGUGCUGUGUAGGACUCACUACUCCCUCCCUACUCCUCCUCCUGCUCCCUUCAAAUAUGGUUGGUUACUCCUUCACCAGACUAAAAGGUCGUAUUGGAAAUGAAAAAAAUUUGAACAAGUGUAAAAUAAGAGUAGCCCAUAACCCUGACCACAUUCCAUUUAAAGUUCCUAAAAUUUGUUUAGAACCUCUAGUAAAAUUCAUCUUCAAAAAUUAGAGGUGGUCCACAGGGGUAGGGGUCCAUGGACUGGAGGUCCAUGUUUUGUAUACAUCCAUUACAAAGCAUGGGAACAUGCAUUGUGACUGGUUUAUCCUUACACUUCUGCUUCCAAAUCCGACAAUUUGGUUUUCGCUAGAUCAUCAAUUACAGAGUCAUAAGCAGAGUCGGAAGAAAAUGGAAACAUUCUGAUUCCUCUGACUUUGACCCAAUGCGCUUAUGACUCUACUUAUGACUCCAAUUUUUGAUUUUCACAAGGUCAUAAGUGCUCUUACAACUAUGCUUAUGAUUCCGACUGUGAUUCCGUUGCUAGUGAAAACCAGUCUUAACAAUAGGUGAACUUUGUUUACCCAAUAAAUGAAGUAAGUUCGGCGGUUGAUUCAGACAUUGAGCAUAAAUAGUCGGACCAAAUUCAUUUUCACAAUGUCAAUGGUCUGCAAUCAUAACAGUGAAAAUAUAUUAUAGUAAUUUAUGCAUUAGGUUCAGCACAUGAGAAGUUCUAUGUAUGAAACAAAGUCGCCCCACAUUUGAAAUUUCCAUGUGGUCCACUCAAAUUAUCGUAAUUCAUAGGUCGAUCCAAAUUAGAUAUGUUGAACCGUCGAUCUCUUCAUAUACUUAAUUGAGGGGAUUAGGUUCAGUCCAUGUAAAGAUCAACAUUUGAGGCGUAAGAUGGUCUCCGUAAGGACCAGCCCUGACUGUCCAUCUUAGAGAGGUGUCCAGCUUAUAGAGAGUAUCAUCAAUAUUACAGAGUCAUAAGCAGAGUCGGAAGAAAAUGGAAACAUUCUGAUUCCUCUGACUUUGACCCAAUGCGCUUAUGACUCUACUUAUGACUCCAAUUUUUGAUUUUCACAAGGUCAUAAGUAAUUAAUAUCUAAUUUGGAUCGACCUGUACACAUCAGAUAUCGACUUAUACACAUCAUAUAUUUUUCAUAGUUUAUGGGGUUUAUACUUUUCUCUUUUUUCCUCUUUUAACCUAAAUAAAACUGUAAUAUUAUUUAAUCAAAGGGCAAGUAAUUAGUUUAACUAUAUCCUGCCCUCUCCAUUUAUUCUUGUAACCGGAUAUUUAAUUCUACAAAUAGCAUCUUUAAUUCUUCAAUCUUGUAAUACAACAUAAAUGGCUUGUAAAAUAAAUAAAUGGAGGAAAAAAUAAACAAACAUAAACAAACAAGUAUGAGGUAAUGUGGCAACAGUAACAUUAUAUGAGAUAUAAGGGUGAACCUAUUAACACUUGAAUACACACCUGUUUUACCUGUGCAAACCAGUUAAAACUGGAACAAUGUAACAGAAAAGUGGAAUCAUUUUGUUGUUGUUCAAUCAAACUUUUAUUACAAGCAAAUGUUCACAGCUCAGUUAUCUAAAAGCGUAAAGCGUAACAGUAUACACUCUUCGAACUGGAACAAGACUACAGUUAACCACAUGUAACAAAAAUACAGUGUUCUCUGUUUUCACCGUCACACCAUCAAAAAUAAAAAUCAAAACCACUCAGUAGAAAAAGUCCAGAAUCUGAUGAAAGAAGAUAAUAUACAGUAUACAUUUAUGAUUGAUUUUAGAACACUCAAGUUAAAUCUCCUGUAAUCAAGCUGUUUAGAAGCUGUCCAAAAAUAUUUGAUGAUAACGAAAAAAGUGUAUUAAGUAAUAAAUUGCAUUUUUUUAACUGCAGGAUUGUUCUAAACUGCGAAACUUAAACAGCUCAGAGGAGCGUUGUCACUUUAUCAAGUCAACUGAGAGUUGUCAAAUGGAUGAUGGGUUUAUUCAGUACUUACAGAUUCCAUACUGUUCAUUUCAUGGCCCUGUUGCCUUGGCGUUUUUCUUUCUGGUAGGUAAAUAGAAUAAAGAUGGACUAGAGGAGCCAUAUGAUUGCUAAGUAGUGGGAGGCAAGAAUUGUUGAGGGACAGAAUUGCAGGCUACAGAAGGAAGUAAUUCUCAUAUGUGGUUGUUAAAUUUAACAACCACAAUCACAAUAUGAGAAUUACUUCGUUAAAUGGGGAUUUAUAAAAGAUUAGUAAAUAAAAUUAAUGUACACCAGUCUUCAGAUUUUCAAGUGGAACACCAUAACCACUCAGAAGAGUUUUAGUCGUUGUCAUCUAACACUUUUAAAUUAUAAUGAUACUACUUUUAAUUUUACCAUGAGUGUAAUAUAUAUAGCCAUUAAAUUUCUCUUUCACUGUCCAUUUAUUUCAAAUCACUGUUCCUUUCUUAUUCUGGCUAACCAUGCUAUACCAAAUAUGAACCAAGAUAACCCACACUCAGUUAUGAAAAACCAUAAUACUUCUAUGCGCUUUGUGACUGGACAACAAUUAAACAGCUUAUUAUGUUAUAUUUUGCAAAGCUUCCACAAAUAAUAAUCAUUCCUAUCUAUAUGUUGAUCCUUCUAGUCAUUGUAGCUAGAGGUCCAGCUAGACUUUAUUUUGAACAACUACUAACAGUUUUUAAUGUACAUAUUUAGUCUCUUUGGUUGGUAUUUCUCUUCAUCAUUCUGGGAUUGACAGCUGAUGACUAGUAAGUUUAUCAUGAAGAGAUUAUUGCAUCUUGAAUAUCUUAUCUUGCAUGAAGUAUUUUGAAAUUAUAUUAAAAUCAAUAUCAGCAUGCAUGGUAUUUAAGUUAAGUUUCUCCAGACCAAUUUGGAAUGUGUAUUAAUCUGUUUAUUUUUUAUUUAUGUGCAUUUAAUUAUCUCUUUGAUGUUAAUAGCUUCUGUCCUUCCCUGAUGGUGAUCUCAAAGACACUUAGAAUCAGUGAGAAUAUUGCAGUAUCCUUUAUAUAGUUUGCAGAAUGUUGACCUUUAUAAUCUUCUUUAUUGGUGCUCUGUUUAAUGUUGUUAUGGAGUUGGUUGUCUUUAAUCCAUGGUAAAGCCAAAUAUGAAACAAAAUUGUCUUGUACAGUAAUAUAUGCAAAAAGGGGUGAUAAAAUAUUGCUGAGCCUUUUUUCAGAAAUCAGGUUAAGUAAACCCAAAAUAAUGAUCACUGUAAAAUUAUGUAAAAGGUGUGCCCACAGUAAGUUCUCCAUAUGAAGUUGCCAAUCUCAGCUGUUGAAGCAACAGAAAUCAGUGCUUUCAGUUAAAAAGAAAAACAAAGUGUAAUGCAUGUCUGAUCUCAAAGGAGUCCUUAUGUUAGUGCCUGAACCCCCUUAUUAAAAACAAGGAAAACUUGCAACAAAACACUGAGUUUCCAAGAACUUGUAGCCCGCACUGCAGCUGGCGGUUUGUUUGCUAUGUGUAGGGUGUUGUUUUCGUUUGUAGUUUGUAAAGUUUUGAAAGGGGUCAAUUGUUAUGUUGUUUAAUAUCUCCCUUUUUGUGGAAAGGGAAAAGUUAUUUCUUUUUUUUUCCAUUAAAAAAUGUGAGGUUGAAAAGGGUGCCAUUUGCGGAAAAAAAAAAUCAACGGGCCCCCCCCCCCUUUAAAACCCCCGUUUUUGACAAAGGAAGAAUUUAUUUAAUUUUUUUCACUAAAAAAAAAAUGAGGCAAAAAAAGUCACACCUCAAGGAAAGAAAAAAUUUACUGGCCCCCCCCCCCAAAAAAAACCCCCCCCCCAAAAAAAUCCCCCCCCCCCCCCCCCUCACCAAGCCUUUAGCUGUAUUUUUAAAUAAGUGCCCGGGCGCUUCUUCAAGGAAAUACGGUAUCUUCUUUUUUUCACUUUGAGUUCCUUGACUGUAGUGUAACUAGGGAGUGACAUUUUUAGCCUAUGGCAAUGGUGCUCCUGAUAUUUUUAGUGCUUUGGCAGCUCUCUCUCAUGCCAAGAGCUCGAGUGCAGUUCAGCUUGGAAUGCAAGCCCUCUUUGGUAAUAAAUUUAUCCAGUAAACCUUAAUUUUAUGUGUUGGAAGUUCAUUACAAUUACGUUUUUACAGGAGCUGUGUCAGAAAAUUUAUCAAAAUUUAGACAUUGGGAACUGCCACCAAACUAAGUGGAAUAUAAAAAUAAUAACUGCUUAAAACAUGAAAAAAUGUAUAAACAACGCAGAAACUACAAAAGGAGGCACGGAUGGACAAACUCAAAGCAUUUGUGGUUUUUGAAAACUUGUUAGCCGAACAGUUUUUCAAAGUUUUUCAUUGUUGUUGUUGACAACAAGUAAGUGGCAGUUUACAGUAUUCCCUGAUGAAAGGAUUGUAAUCAAAAUAACAGGUUUUGAGUCCUGUUUUGGUGGCUUUUAACUAACCUUAAUCAUCAUAAAUCCACAUCUCCCCCCUUUUUUUAGGUGCUGGUAUGUUUGUCACAACAGUUGUGGUUGGUGUAAUAUCCUUUGUGUCGACUGUGACUUUGGCAUCUCGUCCAUUCACAAGAGAUGUGUUGUUCUACUUGGGAGCUAUGUCCUGGGUGUUUAUCACCCUUUACAAGGAAAACAUUACCGUGGGAGAGGCAAUAGGUAACAUGGCUAAAUAAAUUCACAAUAUUAUUAUAAAGCUUCAAGAUAGAACAUACGGACUUUUGUGCUCCAAGUUAGCUAAACAGACUUUUAAAGCACCGAGAAAUUCAUUUAGACAUUUCAACAUGUUAAGAAAGAUUCGGUCGUUGGGUGCCACUGGUUAGUAAUCGUAAAGUUCCGAAAGUAACGACCCUCGUUACUUUCGGAUUUAGCAGCCUUCUCCCGAUCGCUACUUUUGCAGGGUCGCUACUUUGGGGAGGCCGUAACUUUCGGGCAGAUAAAACGUGUACCGUUCAAGGGCCGUACGAAGUUACAGAAAUAAUAUCGCGACAAAUGUGAAAACUUCCACACUUUUUAUUUAGAAAAAUCUAUUUCAUGUUAUUGCUUUUUAAAUAGAAAUUCCAAAAAAAUGUUCUAUUACGGUAUGGGUAUUCACAGACGAAAGGAAGACACUUUAAAAAAAUGUAAUGUACCUUUAGAGUUAUAUGUCAAAUGAUCAUUAUAACCGUUAGAAAUCAAUCUCGGAUGAGUUUAGUAAAGCUUGUUGUAUCUAUUAUUUCCUUUAUUUCUAGCAAAAAGGAAAAUUACUUUUUAGGGCCCCUACUUUCAGGGGGUCGUUAUUUUAGGUGGUCGCUAAUUUUGGUAUUUGCUAACAUCUGUGAAAUAGUUUAUCGCUACUUUCGGAACUUUACGUAGCACAAAAUGUUAGAAUGGGUUAAACGAGUUACUGCAAAUAAUAGAUGAUUGCAUGAAAGGCAGGUAUGUGGAAUAAAUAUCAAAUCUUUGUUUCACAAGUGACCACAGCAUUAGUCAGUGAUUAGUAAGUGAAAUGUCGAUCUUCCUUCUGAAGUUUGGAUUUACUUACGGCCACUUCUGACUUGCAUUUCUAUUGCGCACAGGUUUUAUAGUAUUUUACGUGGCUUACGUUCUUCUUGUUAUCGUUGGCCGCUUUAUCUACCAACGCUGGAAGAGGAAAAUAGGAGCAAUUGGUGAGUUUCUCUUUAUUUAAAUGUAGUAUUUUAAAUUCAUUCACAAUGCCACCUUUGCAAGACACUCCUCUUACGAAACAAAGUCUUUCAGCAAGACAGUCUACUUGUAAGUUGAAGUUAAAUAUGACACAUAUAUCACUUUUAAAAAUAAGUGAGAUGUGAGGAUGCUUUUAAGACCGGGCCCGUCCACACGAAUCCGAACAGUUUUGAAACCAUAUAUCUGUUUGACUUAUUCGUGUGGACGGGGCCCUAGACACCUCUGGAGAGCGGUUUCAAAACAAUGCGGUUUCGGUCAGCGGAUUCACUGCGAUUCGUGUGGACGGAAGAUGUAGCCUAAAAUUGCCUAUAAUGUAAGGGUCAAGCUAGACAUUCUCAUUGCCCGUUUCCGGUUUCUGCUGGUUAUUUGACCCGUCGAGAAACGGACUCGCGACUUACGUCGCUGGCAUUCGCUCGCUCUGCUAGUGUCCCUCGCACCUUCAGCGCUCACGCAGUCGACUUGUGGCAAGUCUAAGGUAAAGCCGGUACUGGCCGUUUUGUGUUUUGACCCCGGUGAAUCCUUGUCCGUUGUACCGCUUACGAUGUCAGUAGUGUUUAAGGUUAUUGACAACUUUAACACUGAAAUUGUUAAGGGGCAUGGGAUCCUUCAAGCAAUACACCCAGUGAGCACAGUUUAGUCAAACAGGCCAAAAAAUGUACAAAGAGUCCUGUUACAUAGACUAGAAAAUUAGAAUAAAAAUCUUGGUUCCCUACACAUCUGUCAGCUUCCUUUGUAAUAUUUUCACAAUCAAAUGGGUUGUUGAGAAAACAUUUCGCACUGAAAUGAAGCCCAGUAAAUGAUCAGCUAGAGAAAAACAACAGAAGAGGACAGAAAGCAAAAGGUAACAUUCUAGCUACUUUUUGUCGGUAACAUUCGAAAGCGUAGUGCAGUUUUGGUUCAUUUUUGGCCCAAUAUAGUGACCAGAAAACGGUUUGGCUAGCUUCACACGGCGUUUUACGGCAUUGGCUCAACGGGUGGAUGAGUUAGUUGUUCAAAUUAAAACUGGUAACUUAAUCAUCGAAGAUGAUGAUGUUGAUGUGGAUGAUGGUGAUGAUGUUGAUGUCGAUGUUGAUUUUGAUGGUGAUGUGAUGAUGAUGAUGAUGAUGAUGAUGUUAGUAAAUUUUACCUUACUAGUUCGUAAUCAAUUUGUCAUUUUGUGCUACCGCUUAAAGUAGGACUUAUUGAUUUGCAUUUCUUUCCUAUACACAUUAGAGCAAAAAUAUCUCUUUUUGUUUUACACCGUAUUUGCUUUUUAAAUGUACAAUAAGAGUAAAUUCCCUAAUAAAGCAAAGAUUUAUAUUGAUAAACAAAAAAUAACAACAUUAAUGUGUAGUUAUAUAAUUAUGGUUUUGGAUACCUUAAUUGACAGACCGGUUUCUAGAGAGUGGUGAUCAUGUUGGAGUAAGACACAUGAGACAUGCAGCUGGAGAAAGCUCUGAGUCACUUAUUGUUCCAGUCAAUACCAAUUCUGUUUCGUGUGAUGUGAGCCCUGAGCAAAGCUUGAGCGCAGAGAAUCUGGAUCAUACUUUGUCAGGUAUUGCAUUAAUCAUUUUAGGGAACUUAAGAUCCGACCGUGGACGGCAAUGGCAACUGAAAAGGACGUCAAAAAAGUAAUAGGUUUUAUAAGCAAAUAGACUACGAGCCGUCUCUCUUUUUUCUUGGUCCGUCGAGCAAAACGCCCGAGACACGCAAAUGACCACGCACGUGUCCUGGCGUGACUGAAGUUGCGAGACGGGAGAGCCCUCGUUUCUCGCGUCUCGCGGCUUCGCCGCUCAACGCUCGCGCGCGCGUGCACUCCCCUUACUAAAUCUGAAGAAAAAGGUAGGCUGCUCGCAGUCUAAUAAACAAAACAACAGCUUCGCACUUGCAUCACACGUUUAUUGUGCAUUUCUUUGGUGUCACUGCACGACUUUUUAUGAGCAAAUAGACUACGAGCAGUCUCUCAUAGUUUCUUGGUCUGUCGAGAAAAACGCCCGAGACACGCAAAUGACCACGCGCGUGACUGAAGGCGCGAGUCGGGAGAGUCCUCGUUUUUCGCGUCUCGCGGCUUCGCCGCUCAACGCUCGCGUGCGCGUGCACUCCCCUUACUAAAUCUGAAGAAAAAGAGAGGCUGCUCGCAGUCUAAUAAACAAAACAACAGCUUCGCACUUGCAUCACACGUUUAUUGUGCAUUUCUUUAGUGCACUGCACGACUUCGACGUAAAAAUGUCUACUUUCACGUUUUAUGGAGGAAGUAAACAAGCGACGACAAAAUUCUUCUUUCUCUUUGUGAACUUUGAUAUUUUUCCUAGGGAUUCAGCUUCAGUAAAGUUCUCCUACGUUUCAGAAAUUAAGUGAGUUGGAAUAAUCGCGAUGGAGAUUGAAAGAGAGCGAAUUUGCAACACGCAAAAAAUGUUCCCUUACUUAAAUCAAGAAUGAUUAGCGAUUAAAUGUUCCCUUACUUACCUCAAGAACGAUUAUAUAAAAGAAGAUGCCGGUAGUUUGUCUUUGACAUGUAUGUAUGAGAGUGACAAUAAUAUGAAUAAAGAUCUUACUCAUGGGAAGAUCUGGGUUUUUUACUCCUUUGUAGCAAUUUAGCAUGUACAAUAAACACUUCAGCAACCAGAACAAAUUUAAAAUCCUGUCAUAAUUAUUCCAACCAUUAUGUUCUCUUCCUUUUCAUAUAGGUUGUUAUUUCAAAUAUUUUUCCCUCUAAAUAUUAGUUUACUACCUAAGAUUGUGACUGAAGCUCAUGCUAAUGUAAAGAAAAAGAAAACGUUGCUUUGAAGCAUUAUGCAGUCAUGGUCAAGUACACCCCUUUGGAACGUUCGAGUCUAAUUUCCAGUCUGAUUUGCUAGUCGGUAUUAUUUUUUCCCAUUUAUUCAUCAUCAAUUCAUCAUCAAAGUUCAUAUGGGUUGUGGUGCUUUACUGCAUAGUGCACAUUUUCCCCCGGGCGCUCUAUCAUUUUAUGAACCAAAAGAAACCCUGGUUCACGCACUCGUGCGUCUUGUUCAACUUAAAAAUUGUUGUUUUUCAUGUUUACGUGUUCCUACCGGUUGCGUUCACCACACAAUUUAACCCACAUUACAUUUCGCUUCUGCCGCGCCACGGCCGGAUUAAUUGAAGUAAACAUUUGCUUGAUGGUUGUAUGCUUAUUUUUAAUAACAGAACUGGUUUUAUUUUGUUCCUUAGAUGCUAUGUUUGCUACAGAAAACACACUAUUUGCUCCCGCUAUUCACCAUAUUCCUAAGCAAGAGAGAAUGAGCAUUAUCUCAGGUAAGAGUGCUACCCGUCUUUCACCAAUCAGACUGAUCAAUCACUCACCUUUAUCAGGGGCAUGCACCUAACGACGUUUUUCUGUAAACUAUUAAACGGUUCGAAGGAGCAAAUAUUGCAUAGAAAUUUAGUGUAAAGCUCGAGAAAAAAUUUCUGAAUAACCGUUCUAUUCGUCUAAGAUAUUCGGAAUUUUUCUACUAAUUUACUUAUUUUCUGAGGUUGACUUUAUCACAUUUUCGCAUGAGCAAGAUUUGCAUGGGAUUAUUGUUAAAAAGAAUAUUUCCAACCGAAAAUUAACUUGCCGUUCUAACUCCCUUUCUUUUUAUAGUUAUUGAUUUGAAAGCCUGCUUGGCUUGAACAUUCGUAGCCUGAGAAAACAGCCGAUAUCUUCUGAUUGGUUAAAGCAAAUUUUUCAACCAAUCAGAAGCACUACCCAAAUCUGGGAAGUAAGGCGUCAUUAGUAUGGAAUUUCUGCGCUCGUUUCUCAGACGUCAUUUCGUGGGAAAACCAGGGGUGCGUCGCGAAAUGCCGGCUGUUUUCUUAGACUAGAGCAUUCGAACGUACACAAUGCAAGGAGGGAGUGGCCAAUCUCCAUCCUCAAGAAAGUCAGCUGUCCUCGUUGUUCACAGCUGACAGUGAUGUAUUUUAUUUCAUUGAAAAAUAAACUGUUUCUUCAACUUGGCUUUUAGCUGAAAGAUCCCCUCUCUUGGCCAGAAAACAAAAGAUCAGUGAGUGGCAAAAGUUCCUGCAAGGACUGGAACCUUUUGAUAGAGAAGAAUGGAAUCAAAGUGGCAAUCUCUGGAGGGUCUUUAUUGUAUGUAAGGUAAGAAUAUUGUCACGUUUCUCCGUCUCUUUCUUCUUACAAGCUUGUGUAUUUUGUCUGUCUGCACUCUUCCUCCUUGUUUGCCGACACUGAGCGCCAAUUUUCAUGUAAUUCGGAGUUCUAUUAUGUUUUAAUCAAUCGGUUAAGAAAUCAGGUUCGCGAGGACACAGUCGAACGAUUUAGCUGCAUUCUUUAGUUGUCAGCAAUCUAAUAUAAUUCUUGUUCCCUGUAUGGAAAUACCGUAAAAUACCGUAAACCUCCGCUUAUAACUCCCCCCCAAGUCAUAGGCCCAUCUACCUGUACACAAAAAAAUACAUUCGUUUAUAAGCCCCCUCCCCACGCCCCUCUAGCUUUUACUGAAAUGAUUUCGAUUUUUUACGACGUUUUCAAGCUUAAAAGAGAGAGUAAAUUUCAAAGUGUAUUUUGAUAAGCACUACUACCUACGUAGCUUAUUUUGAAACGCUUUUUUUAGUCCGGUCAUAAGCCCUCCUGCAUAUAAGCUUAUCCGUUUAUAACAAGAGACUAUAAAGGGGACAGAGAGGCCAUCCCCCAUAUACACCCUAUUCCAUAGGUAAUUCGUCUCGAGUUAUUUUUAGAAUCGGGAUAAAGUUACCUCGCGCGAGGCGUGGAUGUUUCGUGGAGGUUUCGCAUGACCAAACGCCGUGCAAAACAUGUCGGGCGAGAGGCAAUGAAAGCGUAAAAAGAUCGAGAGCAUUCCUGAAUAUUGAAGCGAAAUGAGUCGGCGCUCACCUGGGAAAAAGGAAUCGCUGGACUCUUUGACAACCCGUGAAAUCAGUUUAACUCGAAGUUGUCGUAACCUCAGUGCUUUAAUAAAAUGAGAAAUUUCGCCGGUCUAUUGAAACCGGUCGUUUGUACAAUUUAGGGAGUUUAAGAUCCAACGACGCGGACGACAACUAGAACGUCAAAAAAACAAUAGGUUUAAUUAGCAAAACAACAACUUCGCACGUGCAACACACUUUUUUGUUCAUUUCUUUCCCGUUUUUGCACGACUACGACGUGAAAAUGCCUAAUUUCGCGUUUUAUGGAGGACGUAAAUAAGCAACGACGAAAUUUUAUUUCUCUUUCUGAGCUUGAAUAUGGUCCCUUGAAAUUCAGCUUUAGGAGGGUUCGCCUACAAUUGACAAAGUAAGUGGGUAGGAAUAAUCGCUAUAAAGACUGAAAAAAAUAAACAUCAAACCAGAAAUUGCUCUCUUCAAACUGUAAAUUAUAAAUGAUCCUGAGAGAAUAUUCAGUGUGUUAAGGAUUUCCCUGCUCUACUGUUAGCUCUAUACAAGAGAGGAAGGGCGAUUCUUUUUUAAUUUCGGUUUCGCUGACACAGCUUUCGCAGAAAUCUCGCUGUAGUCGUUUUCGUCGACAAAAGGAAUAACAAAAUUGCUCUCCGCGUCUUCCCCCACUUUGUUCUGCGUCAUUUCGUGAAGGACGCGUGGCUCUCAGCGUGGGUCAUCCACGCGGAACACAUUCGCGCUAUGUGAUUGGCUGUUGUCUAAUCCCCCUUGAGAUUUGUGGUGUUAAAAAUAACUCGAGACGAAUUACCUAUGGAAUAGGGUGUAUAUGGGGGAUGGCCUCUCUGUCCCCUUUAUAGUCUCUUGGUUUAUAAGCCCUCCUACACCCCUUUACGAAGUUGUAGAAGCCCAGGACUUGUAAGCGAAAGUUUACGGUGGUAUCUUCAAAUUAAGAGCACCACAGAAUGUUUUAAGAUAACAAGUUUGUGUAUUGUCCGCAGGUUCCUGCUGUACUUUUUCUAAAUCUGACCAUUCCAGUGGUAGACUAUGAUAAAAAAGAUCAUAAUUGGAACAAGUGGUUAAACGUAUUACAAUGCUUAACGAUGCCAGUAUUUGCUGUUGUCGCAACAAAAGGUUGGUAGACGUUGCUCAUAAGGAAAGAUAUUAAUAGACCCCUUCAAGACUUUUUUUUCAACCUUUGACUUGCAGCAGUUAGGGAAAAUUUGUCAGCACAACUGGAAACAGCGGUUUAAUAUUACUAUACUUGCCAAGUUUGAACGUGAUAGGUCUUAAUAGUUGCAAACAUUUACAGACGCACGUUUGUAUGGUGGGGGGCAAAUGUGUUUCUCCACCAUACAAACGUCUGUUUCUGGCGUGGCUCUUUAUCUGCAGAAUUACAAUUACACGGCUCUUUUGUUUAUAUUUUACUUUAAAUGAACAAAUCCUUGAAAAGUAAGUAAAUUACUGUAACUUUUCAGGGGUUGAUUUGUUGGAGAAGCAGAGGCCAAGUUAGUGUAUGUUAAUCCUGACCCUACUCGGUUUCUUGUUAUCCUCAGUUAGUGGUGUUAUGAUUGGUGGAAGGUUUCCUGUUUGGGCGUUGGCACUGUGUGGUGGACUUCUACUUGCUGUCAUUGUUGCCAUGACAACUAGGAGUGACAGACGGCCAUCUGGCCACUUUGUAAGUAUCUUCAGCCCCAAACAGCUUUCACGAAUAAAAUUGAAUUCCUCUUGAAGCGGUAGGAAAUGCCCCAGCGCGGCUGAGAAAUUGCCUGUAAAAUGAACUCGCAGAGUUGUACAAGCAAACAUUGAAAGGUUUAUUGGUUUUAGAACCUCCUAUUAAAAUUUCCAGACGCAGUUUAGUAAGCUUUGACAGUAUGUACUGUGGACUUGUGGACUUUUCAGUCUUUACUAGUACUUUCACUUCAUUAGCAACAUCGAGGUUAAUUAACCCUCAUUGGCCUCUGAAAAAUUUUUCCCUUAUCCUGAAAUAAGGCAAAACAUAGCUCGUCAAUUUGAUUUGAUUUUACUUGUUUCAGAUUGUGGUGAAUUAAAAUCGGACGCAGGAUAUGCCGUGACAGCCGCCUUUUGGUUUAGUGUUACACGAUGUGCCAUUUGCAAUAAGAUUAUGCACUCAAAUCGAGCGAUACAAUACACACUGUACGUAAUGUCUGUAAGAGCUGUAAAAGAAAGUGAAUUCAAAGUUUUACUUCGUAAGAACAUGUACUCUGCGAUAAAAAAUAUCGCGGGCAUCAUAAGAAUGGAAGGGAUUGUAAUUUCAAGAAGUUACAAUUACCUUCCUGGCAGAAAUCGUAAAGUGCUUGUUUUGUCUUUUUAGCUGUUCGCUUACUUGGCAUUCAUUGUAUCAGUUAUCUGGAUCUACACGACAGCGAACGAGAUUGUGAACUUACUGCAGGUGAAGUUGCAUAAUUAACCCUUAAAGCGUUAACAAUGAUCCGCCCUGCAUCAUUUUCUCCUAGUAAUAUCUAUGGGUCAUAAAAUAUUUUGGUCACGAGAAUUAAGGAAUCGAUCAGAUAAGAUGAAUUUAGUUGACACUCUAACAACCUCUCGCCAUUACUUCUAUAGGAAGUGUUUAUCAGGGUGUAAAGGGUUGAAACAUUGUAAUCGCGAAUAAUAGUCACGUGACAUAGGUGUAUACUUCAUCUCUUAAACUUGCUCAUGAAGAUGAUUUUAAGUACAACCUGGGUUUCCCUUUCAUUGUUCUUGAAACAUAAUACCCCGACCAAAGUACCCAGCUAGUAACUAACAACUUAGCCGCGAGACGGGAGUUAGAUUGAAGGAUGCGUCGCAUGUUAUGUUUGUUUUUCAGACCUUUGGUAUCGUGUCCGGUAUGAGUGAUGCUAUUCUUGGCCUGACUUUUCUAGCCUGGGGGAACAGCAUCGGUGGUAAGUUUCUUGCCUUAAAUAACUAACAACUUAACUUGUUACUUGUGGAGGCGUUUUGCGGUUAACACCAGUCGAACUCCCGAUCUGGAGGUCCGGGGUUCAAGCCUCGCCCUCGCGUUGUUUCAUUAGACAAGGAACUUUACUCAUCUUUGCCUCUGUUCACCCAGGUAUAUAAAUGGGUAGCGGCGACAUCCCAUCGACAUUACCUGGGGAUAACCCUGCGAUGGACCAGCAUCCCGUCCAGGGAAGAGUAGCAAUACUCCUAGGCAUACUUCAUGUUAAGGAGACCGGGAUAAGCUCCGGCCAAGGGACUUGCAAAAUAUGCUUGCUAUAACGAAGUUUCGUUAUAUCGAGGUUCUUUUUCGUUUAUUUUACUUUCCCUGGGGUGAGAAAUUUGUCUUUACAACGUGGACUUUGUUAUAGAGUUUCGUUAAAUCGAGGUUCCACUGUAUUGGUGUUUGCCUGAAUAACGUUACCUUUCCAACUGGAUUUGUCCACCCUCUUGGCUGUACUGUACAAUAGUUUUGCCAAAGAGGUUUCGUUUUCGGUCAGUAACACUACACCCCAGUCAGUACCAUUCUCGAACGUGUGUGUGAACGUGAGUGUUUUUAACUAUUAUUUUGGUUAAUUCCUCAGAUUUAGUAUCCAACACGACCAUGGCGAGACAGGGAUUUUCUCGUAUGGGUGUAUCAGCUUGUUUUGGAGGUCCUUUGCUUAGUAUCCUUUAAAAAAAAAGCGAGAGAACGACAAAAAGGAACUUUCGACUUGCUCACUAGUCGACAUUUGAGCGACGAAUUCACGAAAGCGAGCGACGACAUUAGGCUCUUCAUAGCCAAUAAAUCAUGGACUAACUGACAGACGACCAAUAACAUCGCGACUUAAUUGACCACUCCAGAAAAUACCAUAACAUACCAUAAUGCUCUUUGUUUGUCAACCCAAUAUUUUGCAUAAGCAUUGUUUUCAGUUUCUCUUGGGGCCAUUUUAACUCCCAAGAGAAACUGAAGACAAUGCUUAUGCAAAAUUUUGGGUUGACAAACAAAGAGCAUUAUGCUAUGUUAUGGUAUUUUCUGGAGUGGUUAAUUGAUCAAUCAGGUCAAUAACCAGAGUUAAACACGAUCAACUGACGUGGUACGACUCACUUUGCCUCUAAAUUGCCGCACACAUAAAGUAACGUCAAAUCGGACGUUUUUGUGUAUGAUUACUCCUCAGUUGUAAUAGUUCUUAACUCCCUGUAGAUAUGCUAUUAGGUAUCGGUAUCUCCUGUACAUACCUCACCAUAUCACGUGGACAUGCAAUACCGGUAAGUAGCUCAUGUUUGUUCAUUGGAUAAUUUAUUUAUUAAAAAAAGAUAAAGUUAUACAGUAUCGUAUGCCCCGCAAAUAGCUAUCAAGCUGAUCUAUUUCAAUAAUGCAUAUUUAUCUCGGUUUCGUAUACAUACUACUGCGGAAAAAUUUAAUGCUGACGUUUGGACGUAACCGGCUAAAACGACUGAGCCCUCGACACACAAAAAAAACAGUACGUGCAAGUCACUUUUCUAGUCCCCGUACGGAGUCUUUCCAGGCCUUCUGGGUCAAUGCAUUUCGGUGACGUGUCGCUCAGACCACGUGACCCGAAAUGAAUAGGCCGCGCGGAAAUACUGAGGCCUAGGGGCUAGGCAAGCAAGCCACUAAGGAAGGCAACAAUGGGUGACAAAAUUAGUUGAGACAUAUAACCUACAAGGUUAUUUAUCACCUUUAGCCGACACUAUCUGUUAGCAAAAGAGAAAAAGAAGGCUCUCCCUCCCUCAGUCCCUUUAAAAAAUGAUGUGCAGCUGUUUAAGCUACAUGUUAGAAACAUCAUUAAACAACCCGACUUUGAAUGGGAAGUCGAAGGGAUCCAGAUUGUUAUGUUCUUUGAAAUAUACCAGCCCUAUUUGACGACAAUUUUUGCUGCCCAUUGAAGUUACAAGAAAAGUCUUGAACAGUUGUGCUGUCUCAGUUUUGUCUACUUUCUGCGCCGAAAGUGUCUUUAGUGUUUUUAAACAACAAUUUAUUCAAACGCCCAUUUGCACAAUGAGGAGAUCUGUCUACAACUACCAGAAUCCUUCAGAAUUCAUAUUUUUGUGCAAAUUGAUCCUGUUAUUGUUUAAAUAUUGAAUUUAAAUAAGAAAGCAAACAUUAUGAACUCAAAUGAAGACAUUUUGAAAUGACAUUUGUAUCUAGUUCAAUAAUUUAUGUAACAGCAAUCUUCUUUUGUUCUUUCUCUAUCCAGUUACAUCACAACUAUAAUCAGUACAUAAUCUCCGCGGGAUUCCUCGCCACCAGUCUUAGCUCGUCCGCCAUCAUGAUUCCUUUGAUGGGUUUCAAAGUACCCCGGAUGUAUGGCGUAUAUCUCAUACUCUUGUAUAUAGCUUACUUAACUACUUCUAUUGUAGCUCAAAUUAAGCAUUUUUGAUGUAGAAUAUAAUUCCAUUCUACAGUAAACUAAGGUAUAUAAAAUAAGAUACUUAAAACUGUUAUCUUAGGGCGAAGAGUCAGGCCUGGCAGACCAGACCACUCAACUUGACAUUGUCGAAAUUUCGCCAAACUUAUCACUGGUUUGCAUACUAUUUAUGAAUAGACGGAUCUAGUUAAAUAGGCCUGACUUAUUGGAAUUCUCUCUUGGAGUUGACUGGUAUGACCGGGCAUGUCUGAUAAGUGUUUAGCGCCUUAAGAAAGAUGCGAUAAGUGUUAUAUUUGUUCCUUUAAAUUAAUAUUUUUAUGCCCACAGUGGUGAAUGGAAGUGCUAUGAAAUGGUAUUGAACAAUAAUGUAAACAAUUGUUAUUUAAAGUUAUGGUAUUUUAAAAUUAUUCUUAUCGUGGCCUAAUGCCGCGAACUUUUUCUAACUAAGUUUUUAGUUUUUAGGUCAAAAAAACAUUUAAUCUUGUUCCCUUUUUCCCAUUGUUUUCUUCAGCAAAUGGCAGAAGUUUUAUAGUCUAAAUGAACAUUGUAAUUUAGUUGUAAAAAUUAGUCUUUUUUAAAGACGGGUUCAAUUUUCGUCAAUUUAGUCUCGGAAUUCCUCAAACUGGAACAGAUUUUUUAAUGCUUUGAAUGUUUGACAAUUCACAAAAUGCAACUUAAGGAAUGUAUUGGUGUCUAAUGGUAUUGUACACAAACAUUUGUUUUUAUUGACAUGAGCGACCACCAAGUCUUGACAUUGUGGGUGGUCAAGCCUUACGAGAGGCUUGCCUUUAGUUAGAACUAGUUAACCUCAG